UUCAGUAUGUAUCGCGCUAACAAAAAUAAAAAUCUCUUCCCAAAAAUAGAUAGACCUAUGACUCUUUGACUUCUUUCACAGGCAAUUAAUAGAUGAGUUCAAGAGCUUUAAAGAGAUUAGAAAAGCAGAAGCAGGAAGCUUUGUUGAAAGAAGAACCAGUAGAGGAAGAAGAAGAGGAGGCAGUUGUCCCUGUUGCAAAGCCAAAAUUCAAUGCAUUUGCUCUUCUAAAUGAUCUGGAUUCAGAAGAUGAACAAGAAGAGACUGAGACAGUUGAAAGGGUUGAGGUUAAACAAACAAUCCCUGAGGAUGACGUUGAAGACAGUAUAGAAGAAGCGACUCCUCCUCCGCCAGUUAUAAGUUCAACUAAGAAGAAAUCUAAAUCUAAGAAGAAGAAAAAUAAGAAGAAGACUCCAGUGCCAAGUGAAGAACCAGAACAAGAGAAUCAUGACGAUAUAGAUCAAAUCCUUGCUGAGUUAAAGCUACAGGAUAAGUUACAAACACCUGAUGAGAGUGUUAAUGAAACUUUGGGUGAAGACGUUUAUGAUUUUGAAAUUGAAUUGGAUGAGCAUUCAGACUCGACACCAAUACUUCAUUAUGACUCAAACUUCAAAUAUUUUACUACAUCUAAAUUAAAGUCAUCAUUACGUUUAUUAUCAAUCAAGAACAUCAAGAAUCUCGAUUCUGAUCAGGAAUUCAAAACAUUAUUUGGUAAUUUAUCACUGGAGACGAUUGAUGAUGCCAAUAGUACAACUGCAUUGGCCAUUUCGCCGGAGGUUUUACAACAAUUCAAGAAGAUAGCAAGAUUAACAAGAGGUUGGGGUGGUAAUGAUCGUCGUGGUAUUCCGGGUACAACUCGUAAGCUUUUAAUCUCCAAGAUUAGAGAUGAUUAUUUACCCACUAGUCAGAAACCAAUGCUGAUGGAAGAAAUUAAUGAAACGGAUAUUUAUGAUUAUUUUGAGUACAAAGAAGACACAGCUGAACCAGCAGAGUUGGAAUUAAAAAUCAAAAGAGAGUUGGAUCUUGGAAUACGAUACUUUAAAUUUAGUAAAGUUUCUACAAUCAAUGAAAGAGUUGCUAAUACAAGGUUCUAUGCAUCGGUAGUUAUAACCCCAGAUCAUGAAUCUUUGAUGCAGUUAUUGCAGCAAUAUCCUUAUCAUGCAGAAACCCUUCUUCAAGUGGCGAUGGUUUUAUUACGUCAAGGUGAACAUAAAUCGACAAGUAAUGCAUUGAUUGAAAAAGCUCUUUUUGUGUUUGACAGAUCAUUCCAAAAGAGAUUCCAUGAAUUAUUAUCGGCCGGGAAUUCAGAGCUUAUAAGAUUACCGUAUGAAUGCUUUUUAAAUCGUCAAUUUUAUUUAUGUAUCUUCAGAUAUAUUUCUGCAUUGGGUGAAAGAUCAGCAUUUUUCACAGCUUUAUCAUUCUGUAAGUUAUUGUUAUCAUUAUCUCCAGCAGAAGAUCCUUUGGGAGUAAGAUAUUUCAUCGAUCACUACGCAAUUUUAAGUCAAGAAUAUAAAUAUUUGAUAUCAUUGUCAAUAUCGCCAUUAGCAACCACCUAUAAUCAAUGGAUGACUCCAGGUAUUGCAUUUUCAACGGCGUUAGCUUAUUUAUAUUUGGAAGAUGAAGCUGGAGCUAAGGAACAAUUGAAACUAGCAUAUAAGAGACAUCCACUUACUGCAUUCAAAUUAAUAGAAAUUAUCGGUUUAAGCGAUCCAUUACCAAUCAAAGAAAGUGACAUAUCUGUUACUCCUCAAGAUUUACUUAGUUCCGAGACUUAUUUGGUAAGAGCACCAUUAUUAUGGAGUGACCCUCAUAAGAAAUUAUUUUUGCAACAAGAGCUUGUUAAAUUAUUUCAAACAGUACCUAUUAAAAAGACCGAAUCAAAAGGUAUUGCUGAUUCUAUAUACUCCAUAUUGGGAUUUAAAAAGCAUGAAGAAACUAAAGAUAUUCCUUUCAAUUUAAUAAGAUUUGCUAUUCUUUCAGGAGAAAGUAAGCUUAUGGGUAAGUUACCAGAAGCUGUAUGGUCCAGAGAAGAUACCUUUGAAUAUGAUGCUUUACCACCUAAGAAGAAUACUAUUGAUUAUGAUGUUCAUAGAGGAAUUGUUGAAAAUCAAAGACCCAUAAUAGAUUCAUUAUUGGAUUAUGUGGACCAAGGUCUUUUAGGAACAAUAAUCCAGAACAGAACUUCAGAGAAUGAUUUUGACGAUUUGUUAAGACAAUUGCAAAAUGAAGCAGAUGAUGAAGCUAAUAAUGAUAAUUAGAGAAUAUAAUUAGCGCAUAUCGUAUAGUUUUAAAACCAUAAUCACAAACAACGCGAAAUAAAUUUUUUUUAUUCUAAAA